CUCAUUUCUUUCUGUCUCUUUCCUUUCCGUGUCUCUGACAUCGUUUUCACUUCUUCUGUUAUCCAAGUUUUCUUCAUUUUUGUUGUUUUGUUUUUCCUUUGUUGGAUUUUGAGGAGCGUCUGAGUCGAUGUCUUUGCUACACUUCAGGUUUCUGCUGACGGCGCUUACAGGCUAUUUUUACCUUGUCACACUUCUACGUCCUCUAGUUUGUGUUAUUCUGUCACCGGUUUAAUUUUCCCAGCCCUCCCUGCUUUCUCCUCUUCUCUAAAGCUAAUCUGCUGCUGCUUUAUCUCCCUUUCCACCUUAAAGAAACACCCCUCCAUCGGCUCCUCUUCCACUCCAGUUUGACCCUUUCUCUGAUUAGAUCUGCACCUCUCUGUGAUGGGGAUGAAACUGCUGUUUUCUCUCUUUAAGACUUUCCUGGACUGUAUUUGUGUCUGUGCAUUGCGGAACAGAGCUGACUCUCCAGGCACCAAGAAGCGGGCUGCUGACUCUGGUCACCUGAAGUAUAGAAGUGGGGACAUCCUAGACAACAGAUAUGAGAUCAUCGACACUUUAGGUGCGGGGACUUUUGGGAAGGUGGUGCAGUGUUUAGACCAUGAUAGAGAUAGAAGGAGAAUCGCUCUGAAGAUAAUUAAAAACUUGGAUAAAUACAGAGAAGCAGCCAAACUGGAAAUCAGUGUGUUAGAGAUGAUCAAGGAGAAAGACCCGCUCAACAAACGGAACUGUGUGCAGAUGCUCAACUGGUUUAACUUGUAUGGCCAUGUGUGCAUCUCCUUUGAGCUGCUGUCUCUCAGCACCUUAGACUUUCUGAAAUCAAACAACUUCCUGCCUUUUCCGAUUAACCAAAUCCGACACAUGGCCAGCCAGAUCUGCCACGCCGUCAGCUUUCUUCACGACAACAAUCUGACUCACACCGACCUAAAGCCUGAGAACAUCCUCUUUGUCAACUCCGACUACUCUGUCGUGUACAACACAGAGAAGAAGUGCAAAGAGCGGAGGAUAAAAGACACCACGGUGCGGCUGGUUGACUUUGGCAGUGCCACCUUUGACCACGAGCACCACUCUGCAGUCAUUUCUACACGCCACUACCGAGCCCCAGAGGUCAUUUUGGAGUUGGGCUGGAGCCACCCGUGUGACGUCUGGAGCAUCGGCUGCAUCCUGUUCGAAUACUACGAAGGCUUCACGCUGUUCCAGACUCAUGACAAUAAAGAACAUCUGGCUAUGAUGGAGAUUAUACAGGGACCAAUUCCGCAGAGAAUGAUUCAAAAGAGCAGGCAGAUGUAUUUCCACCACGGCCGACUAGACUGGAAUGAGUGCUCCAAGGCUGGACGCUUUGUUAAAUCCAAGUGUAAGCCGUUGAGGAAGUACUUGUUAUCUUAUGGCAGAGAGCACCACCAUUUAUUUGACCUCUUGGACGGGAUGCUGGAGUACGAGCCCUUGAAACGCAUCUCUUUUCCUUCUCUUCUGAAUCAUCCCUUCUUCCUCUACAUCAGUCCCGGAAAACCUCAAUCCUGGCGGAACAGCUGGGACGCGGGUAAAUGACCCCGUGUGGAUCGUACGAGAGUCCUUGCAAGUUAAAUCAGGACAAACUGAUGCUUUAAGGAGAAGUCUUUGCUAAAUGGUGCUAUAAAGUUUGACAGAAAAAUUACAAAUUGCCAAAAUCCUGAGUCGACUGAGUCGAUGGUGGAAACAUUCAAUCCCAAAACAAUUGAUGGAAUGUUUUUGUCUCUAUUUUUGUACUUUAUGAGUUCCUUGUUCAUGUUUACGUUACAUAAACAUGCAAAAAUCUUACAGUUAAGUCUUAAAUGUCCUGCAUGUUAAAACAAGCGCAGGCUGACUUGAAAAGAGCAAACUGUUGCUGCUGUAUUAGAUAUGAAGUUCAAUCGAGUAAUCAGUGGCGGAGCUUGAUAUGUGCAACAUGUGCGGCCGAACAGGGCGGCAGUCUGCAGGGGG